AUGUUCAAGUCAAAGUACCUCAGCCUCGUCUCCUUGGCCCUUCUCCCUGUGGCUCUGGCGCAAUCCGAAUACACGAAUCUCCCAGAAGUACCACCAGGUGUCUUCAGUGCAAGCGCACGCACUGAAAUUAAAACCACCGUCGACGCUGCUUGGGAUGCACUCACCGACUUCCCCAACUACGGAGCUUGGAACCCAUUCGUGCGCUAUGCUCUCGUCACUUCAGCCAACAACAUCACCCUACCCGACCAGCGAGCUGUCGAAGGCAACUACUUAUUCUUCCGUGUGCAAAUUCCUCCGCUCCCGUUGCCGGUGAAUAAGGACACACCAGACAAUCUCUUGCAUACGCAGACUGCUUUCGAGCGCAUAACUCAUGUACAGCCAGAAUUGGAAAGGCUGGCGUGGAAUUACUUGGCGGAAAUUGCUGUCAAAUCGACGCGAUGGCAGGCGGUCAGCGACAUAGGCAACGGCACUGUCUUGUACGAGUCUCAUGAGGAGUUUAACGGGCCGUUGGCUGGAAUGUUAAAAGAGACACUUGGAGAGAGCUUGCAGGAAUCUUUUAAAGCACAAGGAGAGGGGCUGAAGUUGUACCUCGAAGGUAAAUAA